AUGGACGUUCCAUCAUGGCACCCUGCGAAUCAGAAUGCCGAUGCACUACGACGACUGGCAAUGACCGGUGGAGGACCUUCUCAACGAAUCGAAUUUAAUGAAGUAAAUACGUUAACGGAUGAAGAACGACAGAUGGUUAUUAAGGAUGAAAAUAUCAUGCUGGGGGGUGGUCGUGGGCUAUUAGAUGCAUCGGACCGCAUGUAUCUUGUGGAGCAGACACUUUUGGAGCAAGAGGCUAAGAACAGAGAGCACAUAGAACGUCAAGCCGCACUACAGAUCUUCCGCUCAAACGCUUCGAAAGCGCAUGCGCUCAAGCCAACAAUGUUUGAAAUACCAAAGGGUACAAGAAAAAAGACCUUCUUGUCUCCUGAAAAACCAGCCGGAGUGGUGGUCAAAGUCAAGAAAAGGAAGAACAAGACGGAUGUAAAGGAGAGAAAAUUCAAGAAGGCUAAGAAGACGCCAAUCUUGACUCGGAACGCUCCUGAGGUCGAUGACACUCGGAACUCGCUAGAGAAGCAGAUAGAAGAUAACGACGUCUCAUGGCCUUUGUCGAAAAAGUCUUCUGCAACAGCAUUGUUGACUGAAGACUACUCAAGCGAUGACGGACAAUAG